GAAUCAUAACAACCGCGGGCCCAGCAACCGUCUCUUCAACUCCAUCUCCGAUCAAUCUCUGCGAGAUCUCCCUUCAAAAUCACCUCUUUCUUCCUCCUCGAUGGACCCACAAUCUUCGGCGGAGUAAUCCACAGCCGUUGUCAUUGUUCGAUCGCACCCCGAGAGGUUUUUGGCAAGAUGAGGAUGAACAGCGACUCCGAAUUCAACCGGAAGAGGAAGAACAAUCAGCUCGCCAGCAGACGGUUCCCCGACCUCGACGGCGAGAACGAACCCGACCACCACCACCUCGCUCUCUCGCUCUCCAUUUGUCCCGCCCCGCAAGACCCGCGGCAAUCGGAGCUCCUAUCCGCGAAAUCCCUCUCGUCUCAGCCUAGAAAGCUCGUCGUUCCUCCGAGACGCCGCCGGGCUGCCCCGCGCGGCCGCGGCGGCAGGCACCCUCCCCCUCCCGACGGCGGCGGAGACGGCGGGGAGUGUAUCCCGGCGCCGUUCCCGUGGGCGACGACGCGGCGGGCCACCGUGCAGAGCAUGGGCCACCUGCUCGCGAACCGCAUAGAGAGCAUCGCGGGAGUGGUGCAGUGCAGGAGGUGCGAGAGGGUGUUCGAGAUCGAGUACGACCUGAGGCAGAAGUUCCUGGAGGUUGGGGCCUUCAUCGUAGAGAACAAGGGGAUUAUGCACGACCGGGCUCCGGAGGAGUGGACGAGCCCGGUGCUGCCGCGGUGCGGGUCGUGCGGGCAAGAGAACGCGGCGAGGCCGGUCAUCGUGGGCAGGGACGGGAUCAACUGGCUGUUCCUGCUGCUGGGGCAGAUGCUGGGUUGUUGCACGCUCGAGCAGCUCAAGUACUUCUGCGAGCACACCGGGAACCACCGGACCGGAGCCAAGGACCGGCUCCUGUAUUACACAUAUCUCGGGCUGUGCAAGCAGCUCGACCCGACUGGGCCGUUUGACCCGUGAACCCGAUGAAAUGGGGACGAUGGCGAUGAGAUUGGGACCGAUUUGAUUCUUUCCGUUUCAUUUCUGAUCGACCUUUAGGCUUUAGGUACUGUGGACGAAGUGUUUGCGAUAAUAACUGUGAAGUGUAGGGGGAUGUUUCCUGUGGAGUUUUUGCGUUCUUUGAGCAUCGAGAACUUUCCGGAGAUUCUGUAAUUCGUUGGGCAUACGAGGCAUGCAUGUGUCACAUGGCUAAUGAAUCAAUGAAAUG